AUGUUGGAUCAGAUUCAUCUGCUGGCUGCUGUGACAGUCCUGGGAAUCCUGGAGCAAGCCUACUUCUUCCUCCAGGUGAUCUAUGCUAGGAGGGCGUUUGGCAUUUCUCCUCCAAAGAUCUCAGGCCCACCUGAAUUUGAGAGGAUCUUUCGAGCACAGGUGAACUCCUCUGAGUAUUUUCCCAUUUUCCUGGCACUUCUGUGGCAGGCUGGACUCUUCUUCCAUCAAGGUCUGGCUGCAGCCUUGGGUCUGGUCUAUCUCUAUGCCCGCUACCACUACUUUAUCGGAUACAAGGCAUCACCCUCAGAAAGGCUCGCCCCAAUAUACUUUGGCACUGGAGUUCUCUGGAUUCUUCUUGCAGCAUCAGCACUGGGCAUCCUACAUUUCUUCCUCUCUCACUACAUGGGGCUGAACGUCCUCCAGCUUCUCACAGCGUGA